UCUAUCGCAUCCCAGUCUGGAAAUAACGAAUACGAAAACAGGGUCACGAUGUUUUGGGGACUAAGCUCGGCGUUGGAUUUGUACGAUGAGUAUCUGAAGGCAUUCAAGAUCAAGGAUGAGCCGCUGGCAGAAGCAGAACAGGUAGGUCCAGGCGGAGACGAUGGUUUAAAUACCUUGAACAUCCUCAUUUGCGGCGGUGCUGAUCCCCGCCAUGUGAUCAAGACCCUGGCCAAGAGAUACACCCAUGGUGUCCAGCCCAAGCUCAAUAUAUAUGUGCUGGAUGGCUGUGCCGAGAUCAUAGCCAGGAAUAUGCUACUACUGGCCAUAGCCCUGGAGGAUCCAGAGUCCUUUAGUUUGGUAUCCAAGGCACACCUGUUUAUGGACCUGUACGGAAAUGCGGUAAUCCGUCCCAGCUCCCAUCAUUACAUGGCCGCCAAGGCACGCACUCUACUCCAGAUGGUCACCGAUGAGGAGAAGCUUCAGCGCCUGGCUCCCAUGCUGAAUAUCGAUGGCCUCAAGUACAAGGAGCGCGAUGGUUUGGAGAUGGCCUUCAGCUUCUGGCAGCCUCAACCGUGGCACGUAUAUGAAGUGACCAAGUACUGGGAGCAGAGGUCCAGGGCUCUGCUGGGCACACGAUACGAUCAUCGGAACGGGGCCUUCGACUGGGACUUGAGCAUGACCCUUAAGAGUCGUGGUGGCGAGCAGAUCUGCUCUCAGGAGUACCGCUAUUGGCGCGAGUCCGGCGUGGCCUUCGUCUUUCCGGAGUACGAGCAGUGCAAGCCCAACAAGACGCUGGCUGCCGGAUUGGUGCGCAACGGACGUACCUUUCUGAACCGCGGCUAUGUGGGCGACAUCCAGACAGGACCGUUCUGUGGCUUCGGGUUACGCAGUACCGAGGAGCGCAUGCAUCACUCAGUGCACGGGGACAACGACUACCGGGCCACUGAUGUAACCGAGCGGAAUCUCAUGGAGUUCUUCCACGAGCUUCAGACGCAGACAGCCUACGAGCACGAUCCCACACGCUCUCGCCGCUAUGGAUCGGUUCACCUGCUGAUGACCCCGUUGCUCAACCACCAGGAGGUGGAUGCCGAUGGGCAGGCUAGCUACGACCGUCCCUGGAUUCCAGUGCCAGGAGUAACCGUACACUAUAUGUCGCCCGCAGAGAUGCUGCAGCUGCAGCAGGGCGCUCCUCGCUGGAAUAACAUGUUUGAUAUCGCAUAUGUGGCCUACAACUACUUUACUUUCCUGAGUCCGGCUUUCUUCCAAGCUCUCCGCGCGCAGGCUCUCAUGGUGCUGGAAACAAAGCUUAUGACGGUGGAGCGCAGGGAGCAGGUGCAGGACUACGAGGCCAAGGCCAAGGAAAUCCUGAAGCAGGCUGGUCUGAAGGCGGUCAUCAAUUACCAGGCUAUCAAUGCCAAAAACAUGCUGCUUAAAUACAAAAAGACUGACAAGGAGGAAGUGGAAGAUGCAGCCGAAGAUGAGGCUGAAGUUGAUCCUGAAACUGAGCCCCCAAUCGAGUACAAAGUAGAGGCUCUAACGCUUGAAGAGAUUGUUGUAGAGCCAGAAACUGGAGAAAAAAGCCAUAAUGCAGAUCUUGAAGAUACACUCAAAGAAGAGCCUUCUAUUGAAAGCGAGACACACAGCCUAGAAGAGAUUAAACCAGAAACUAAUCAAGUGGACAUGGAUUUACUAGGUCUUGGAGAACCUACCUCGAAUCCAGAGCUUCAUCAGGAAAUGGAAGAUUCCACUUAAUAAGCCAAUUAAAUAAAGCACAAAUUUAAGCAAUUAUAACGUGUAACUUUAA